GCUCGGGGGCGAACAAGCUAACGCUCUAGCUUGCACUUGUUAUCGGAGCUCUCUGAAUGUGACGUCACGACGUCAACAACAAAACUUGACUGGACAUUCCAAGUAAUUUUGAUACAUUAAUCAUGCAUUAAUGGUCAUUUAGAAGUGGGAAAAUGUGACCUAGGUAUGCCCUCUCUAAAAGCCAACAAAAGUUGGGACCAAAAUGUUUUUCCAAUUACCUGAGUGACAGAGUCUAUUUUUAGCAAGCACCUUUUUUUGAUUGAUAAUGUGAUCGAAACUUAAAGAUGGCCCGGGAAAUUAUGCUAUACCUUUAACAUUAUAAGAGACUCACAGUUAUCUAAAGAAUGCACACACAUCAAUCUAUAUCUACAAAUACAGAUUUGUCUGGUUUUACAGCAAUCCACCAAGUGCAAACUUAAAAGUUCUCAUAUUAGCAAUAUAGUGCUUAACAUUUUAUAAUGAUACGAUGACACCUGGUGUUCUUUGCUGUUGAGUAAAUGAAUGCGCCUGGUCACUAUUUGUGUGAACUACUACUUGGUUUACAAUGAAGUAAAAAAACUUAGUCAUAAAUAAAACUGUAACAUACCCUUACGAAACAUGCCAGCUUGUGCUGCAAUACAACCUAUUGUCAACACUGUGAAAAUUAAUUUCACUACGUGCCGUGCGUAACCUUGUAACCUCUCAAAACUCAGAGUAAUUACUUGAAAAUAAUGACUCGAAUAAAAUGUAGUCUUCCAAAUAGAUACUUGAGUUACUAGUAAGUUAAAAAAAAACCCUCUUACUAAUUGGUAACUUGUACUUGUUUUUUUUUGGGUUGGGUGAUAAUCAGAGCAAUGGACCUUUUCAACUGGUGAGCUUGACCUCUACCCCCUUAGCUUACAAUUGUCAUGUCCCACAAGCUUCCAAAAUGGCGAUUGAACAGAACAGGCUUGAAGUCGAUUCUCUAUCGCGUAUUCCAGAUAAUAUUGCGGUAUGUUUUUUGCCAAAUGCGUCAGACUUGUCCAAGAGAGUUCUACAGAGAGGUCUCAACUAUUUCACGCAAGGAUAUGUACAAGGAAUUAAGAUUUUGGACGGAGCAGGACGCGAUGUCAGAGUUACAGCGAAACGUUGGCGAUUGAUGCAAAAAAGUUUGACGUCUCACAAUCUUCAUAUUGAAAUCCAACAGGAUAAAAUAGUGGAGUCGUACUACACAUGUAAACCAGGUUGUCAACAGUACAAUGGCAUGCCAUGGUCAUGCUGUCAUGAGCAGGAUCUCCGUCAAGUCUGAGCAAAUUCUGCCGGUCGAGCACCUCGGCCAAAGCGCUUUGUCAACAGAACAUGAGGAAAAGAUGAGUGAACAAUACUCCUUUGAUGAAGACAAGAAGACACCUGAUGCAGAACAGCUAAUAUGUGUCAGUCAAAAGGACACGGAAAUUGAGGCAGUCUUAAAGACUGGUGAGGUACAAUAUUCAGCCAAGAGUGAAGAAGAUGAACAGGAGAUCCCCAAAGAAGAAAUAGGGAAAGUGCACCAUCCACUUAACCAGCCACUGAACACUGCAUUUGAGGGGAGUGAGCAGCAUGUGCCCUGUCCUGUGGUGGAUCUGGCAAAGAUGGAGCUUUUUGAAGACUCUGGAAAUGCAGCUGAUUGUAGCAGACACGAAGCAGAGUGCUGGGACGAAUAUACUGAUGUAAUACAGAGUUCUCAAACAAAUUCAAACUGGAAGCAGAGAUCACUGCUCUCCAAUGGUAAAAAUCACUUUGAUGCUCAAAGAGGACAACACUUCCCCCUGGGACCUGGCUUAGUCGAUGAAAUCCGUUGCCCACUCUGGCAUAUUCCUCCUGGGAGCUAUCACGCUUCAGUUCAAUGGACGAGGCCCUGUGAAGUAAAGUGGAGAUUAUGGCAAGAAAGUUCAACAGAGCAUUUCGACACAGAUGUUCCUUUCACAAAGCCCUCCAUGGACUUUACAGUCAUGUCGUACAAUAUCUUGGCUCAAGACCUGUUGGAGGCCAACAUGGAGCUUUACACACACUGCCCCCAAGAGGUACUGGAUUGGAGCAACCGCUGCCGCCUGCUUUUGGACGAAAUACACAGAUGUGCCCCAGAUAUCCUUUGUCUUCAAGAGGUCCAGGAGAACCACUAUCAAACACAACUGUAUCCAGUCCUGACUCAGAUGGGUUACAACUGUGUCUACAAGCGACGCACAGGCAACAAGACAGACGGGUGUGCUACUUGCUACUGCAGCAGCCGCUUUUCUGAGGUGUCAGUCACACCGAUAGAGUUCUUCAGGCCCCAAACAGGGCUUUUGGACCGACACAACGUGGGCAUAGUUUUGGUGCUUCGGCCCGUUGUCUACCAGGAGUCCAAGGUCAGAGCGAAGGGCUCGCUACUUUGUGUGGCCAACACACACCUGCUCUUCAAUCCCAGCAGGGGGGAUGUCAAACUGGCUCAACUGGCCAUAUUGCUGGCAGAGAUCGACAAUAUGAUCAAGUCGUGGAGGGCUAAAUGUGAACACUGCAAUGUUAUCAUGUGCGGAGACUUCAAUUCUUUGCCACACAUGCCUCUGUAUCAGCUCAUCACAACUGGGGAGCUCCACUUCCAGGGUCUACCGGCAUGGAUGGUGUCAGGUCAGAAGGAUCUUUCACACAAAGCCACUUGCCACAGACUGUUUGCGCCUCUAUGGUCCGACUGUCUGGGAAUUUCCGACAGCUGCCAGUACGUCGCUUCCUGUGAGGUGGAUUCAAGCUGCAUUCCCGUCACAGUGCUUCAACCCUCUCCUGAAGGGAAACGUCACUACAGCCACGACUUCCUUUUGCAACUGCGCUUUUGUCCAAUUUCGUGUAUCCGUCCCAGUGAUUUACAAUUAAUCCCGGGUGUCACUGACAACAGUCCAGAUUUGCUGAGCAGAAAUAAGCCGAAUAUUAGGUUUCGACACAUUUUAAGACACCAGUUAGACCUGGAGUCCACCUAUAAGCACAUAAUUGCUGACUCUGGUGACCCGGAAAUCACAACCCUGCACUCUGAAGGGGCUGCCACUGUGGAUUAUAUCUUCUAUUCCCCUGAACGCACCUCAUAUCAAGCAGCAGGCCAGUUUGGCUGUGAAGGUCUGAAGUUGGUUGGUUGUCUCUCACUGCUGUCUGAGGAUACCCUUUGGUCCAUAGGUGGCCUCCCCAGCUACAUAUUCCCAUCUGAUCAUCUCAGUCUUGUGGCUAAAUUCCGGCUGAACCUGAAAGCAGCAGUUGGUUGAAGACGUGGGUAACAUUUUAUUUAACUGACAUUCAUGAAGAGAUUUUGCAGUGUCAGCCCCAUUCAUGUUGGCCAAUGCAAAUACUUACCUGGGGUUCAAGUCAAAGGAGCCACCAAGCAACAGUCCAAAACGUUUCUAAUACUGUAGUUAUACUCAUGAAUGCAGAGGUGACAGUUAAUAAUUUGCAAAUUGUAUUUAUUUAUUUUUUUGUUGUAUUUCAAACUUUUGUUUGAAAUUGAGAAAUUUUCAAAAAUGCUUUUGUAUUAAAUGUUUCAAUUGCUUA